AUGUCGACGAAGAAAAGCCAAGCCAAGCGAGGCCCCAAGUCGAGAAAGAAGCCAGACGCCCCCGUUCCGCCAGAAUCCGUUUCGACGUUCCCUGGCCGCCGUAGCAUCCUACACCCAAUCCAUCUUCCCUUUGCUGCCAGCAGCAGCAGCAGCAGCAACAGCAUCACCACCGUCACCACCACCACCACCACUGCCAAUAGCAGCACCGCUGCCACCUUUGCAAGCCCCUCCAACUCUUCUCCUUCCUCAUGGGACACUCCUGCGCAAUUUGCCUCGGUUCGCGGCUUCACUGUCCCGAGUCCGCCGCCAGGCGGUCAAACGUUUACGGCCAUCGGGCGAUGGCGUGAUUUAUCCAGGGCUUUCGCCCUGCAGAACAAGGUCGUUGAACAAGUAGUCGAGCAAUGUUUCGGCCUCUUCUUUCAGUAUCUGUAUCCCCUCACUCCUCUGGUACACGAACCCAGUCUCCGCCAUGCCUUCUCGCUAUUCGCCUCGCAGUCAUCCAGCACGCCUCGCAGUGGCAUGGACAGGGUCGCUGAUACUUCUUUGCCCGCCCCGAGUCCUCGCCCUAGCCCUCGCCCUCCUCCAUCGCCUUGGGCAGCUACGUCAUCAGGUGCGACAUCGGCUUCCGCAACCGAAGCCUUGGCUUGUUGGAACGACGCAACAUUUACUCUCAUCACUGCUGUGUGUGCCGAGGCGGCGUUUCUCCUGCCCAAAAACCUGUUUCCUCAAGGUGAAGCCGUGGCUGAUUUGUUCCUGCAAGCGUCAAGAGAUUGCCUCAGCAGCUAUCUGGAGGCCGACCUGGAGAGUCCAAACGCAAACUCGAUCACUAUUCGUUACUUUCACUCAAACUGCGUCCACGCAGCUGGGAAGCCCAAGUACUCAUGGCACAUCUUUGGUGAGGCAACAAGGCUGACACAGGUCAUGAGGCUUCACGACGAGGCCUCUCUUGAGGGACUGCCUCCCAUCGAGGCCGAACUGCGCCGCCGAGCCUUUUGGAUCGUCUACAUGGGCGACAAGUCAGCCGCUAUCCUCAACAACCGUCCCAUCACCAUGCACAAGUAUUGCUUCGACACAGGAAUCACCACUGCCUACCCCACUGGUAUCGAGGACCCCUCCGUCUCGGUUGGAAAUGCAAACACCAUGAGCUCUCCAGGCGAUAGCCACGCAAGGCGUUUCAUUGCUGGCUUCAACGCGAAUUUGAAAAUGUGGCAGGCAGCGUCGGAUCUUUUGAUCCAAGUCAGAGUCUUCCAGGAUCAAAAGUCGGGCGAGCUCAACCCAGCUGAUCCGCCGAACCAAGUCUUGACCGAGCCCGAGAGGCAACGCUUGGACUCUCUUUUUGUUCACUUCAUUACCUCGAUGGAUGAUUUGCCACCCUUCCUGCAAGCGCACACUUUUCCAGCCACGACCGAUGGUAGAGCCUCUACCACAGAAGCCAAUCAAUUUGUCAUUCAGUGUGCAAACCUCCAAGUCUCGUUCCAUUGCCUCCACAUGGUUAUAAUCCAGAAAUUCGAAGACAUAGCUUUCUUCGCUCCUGGUGCCGAACAGGCCGAUUUGCGCAAGACCGAGAUCGUAAGAGACAUGUUGAGAGUGAUGCAUGAGGCUCCCUUCUGGUCACUGCAAGUGAAUGGUGAACCAUAUGUGGAGAAGAUUCGGCUCAUCGGUGCUACCUUGCUGUCCAUCAUUCAUCGCAACCAAGCCUCGCCACUUGCAGCAAGAGCAAGAGGCGACUUUAGUGUUUUGCUUGAUGUUCUGACCCGGCUUGAUUCUAAAGCAUCCGAUGCUCUCAAGAAUACGUCAAGGUGGGCAAUGUAA